CCUAUCGUUGAUGUUUUCCCCAGUUUUGUAAAGAUUUUUGUAGCGGUGGUUGUGUUGAUCGUUUGCCGGUGCACAUUAUAUAGGAAAUGCAACAUUUUUCACAUUUUAUAUAUGUUUGUUGGACGUUUUAUGACACAAUCAGUUCAAGUUAUAGUUUACUGUGUUGAUUUGCUAUAGCCUAAGUAGUGAACGACUUGUGUUAGUGUGUUUUAUUUUCGUAUAAUUUCAGUUUAGUGGUUGUGCAAGGAUUUGUCCCAUCGACACUUGAUUUGCUGCCUUGAUCUGCAUUCUCUGGUGUUUAUGAGAUGUCCUCUCGGUGAAAGUGAAGUACCAUCGGUCCGGCCCACCAUGGCGUCGUAGGCAGCAAUACUGAUAGAUAGUUGCGGUGUGAUCGUGAAAGGUCGCGAUGGGCGCGCCGGGCGUUUCGGACGAGUAUUCGCCGCCGCGUCUCUCGCGGCUGCUGCACGCCUUGCCGCAUAUCAACGUGACUCUGCAUCGGGUUAACGACACGUUUGCUCCUAAUUCCCCUGUUUAUCUAGAGAGCUUGGGCAUCCUCGGAUCCAUACCAGGCGCGUGGCUGAUCCUGACCCUGACAGUACUCCUCAUAUACCUGCUCACAAGAUGCUGCGACAGAAAGCAACGGCCACCAAGAAGUAUCACUGCUUUAAAGAUAACAUUGAUGAUCCUAUCGGUGCUGUGUUGCGGGGCGAUCGGCGUCGGUCUCUUUGGCAACGAUGACCUGCACAAUGCCAUGCUGCAAAGCAUCCAGGCCGGCAACCAGCUGGCUGCGCUCGUUAACACUGUUAAGAACCAGUCAAGCAUCCUAGAAGAAGCGAUGGGUUCGCGAGCACGGGCGCCUCUCGCACGACUAGCUGACGCGUUGGACGCUCCCGUAGCCAACCAGACUGCUCUCGGCACAUUACUGCGAGCGCUGUCAGCUCUGCGCAACAACGCGAGCGCAGCUGCCUCAGCCGCUGACAAUCUGCGCCGGCCACUGGCUGCGUUGAACCUUGACGCUUUUAUGAAGCGUGCAUGGGUAUGGGAAGCGGCGCGCUGGGCGGGCGGCAUGGCGGGCUGGUGCUGCGGCGGCGCCGUCUGUGUCGCGCUGUUAGCUGCUGCCGCACGACGAUCGCGACGAGCGUUACUGCUGCUUUGUGUGGGAGCACUAGGCGCAUUAGUGGUGUGCUGGCUGGCGGGCGCGGUGCUGGCGGCGGGCGCGGUGGCGGCGGCCGACGCCUGCCAGGACCCCGCCGCCGCGCUCGCGCACCAUGCGCCGCACAACUUGCCUCAGGAUAUGGUGCACUACUACUUAUCAUGCAAAGUAUCCCGUGAAAACGUACUGACUGCCGAACUGAGGAACGCGCAACGAGCCGUAGUGGCCGUCAGACAGGCGCUAGCUGUGCUGGCUAGAGGCGCACCGCAGCUGUUUAAUGAUCCUGGUCUGCAGCCGGCGCUGGGCGCACUGGGCGCGGGUACAGGCGAGGCGGAGCGCGCGCUGGUGGCGCUGAGCGGCGCGCUGGAGUGCCGCAUGGCGCGCGCCUACUUCGUGGCCGCCGCGCGCGCCGCCUGCGACGCCGGCCUGCAGGCGUUAUCACUCCAGCUGUUAGCGGCGGUGGCGGCCGGCUUCCUGUUCACAGCUAUCGUGCUGGUAGACUCGCAUGCAUGGAUAUACAUUAACACCAAACGAAGCGGCGGCGGCGAAGAACAAGCUCCGUUCCUCUCAAGCGGCGGCAGCAGUCAGGCUAGCCGUACUUUACCAAGACCCGCUCCAUAUAACAACGGCAAACCGCCUUCUUACGGGGCUGCGGUACAACUGAUGGACUUGGAGCGGCCUAGCCCCGGCAAGCCACCGUCCUACGGCGCCGAUGUGCAACUCAUGGACUUCGACAAGCCCAGGUCCCGCAUGUCGGGCAGCGCGACGCUAGGCCGCGGCGCGGGCGGCGGCGGCGCGGCGGCGCUGGGCGGCGCGCACACGCUGGGCCGCGCGCCGCACAACGGCAAGUACGCCACGCUCAGCAAGCAGUGCAAGACGCUCGAGAGCAGCGACUUCUACUGAGACCGGCCCGGCGGCGCGCACCCACCCGAACACAACGCAGGUCAAUCGGGACGCUCGACAAGCCUGAACCGCUUCGACCCGAAGUACGCGUCGUUCGGGCCCCGCGCGCCGCGGCCGCGUCCCGCCGCCGCCGCCGUCUCGCUCGGCACCUUCUCCGCGCCCGCCGCCGACAAGUUCGCC